AUGCGCAACAGGUUCUGCAAUAGCCACUUGUUCGACUGCUUGACAUAUGUGGAGACCAACUGGUGGACAUCUAUUGUUGUUAGCCGACUACGGAACUCAUUAAGUAAUCGAGCACGUUACACUGCCAAAGAUUUCAAACCAUCUUCCAAUCUAUCAAAAGCCUGUGCCGUUCCAAAAAGUAAGCGUUUGCAGUAUACAAAUUUAUGUAUUUCUGACCAAGCGCACAAUAACGCCAUUUCUUCAAAAUCGUUGAGCCGCUUCAAGACUGAACAAGACCGUCGCCCUUAA